AUGACCCCCUUCCCAAUGCGUCUAUUUCAUCGUUUUGCUCGCCUCCGCCGCAGCCCUUCACCUGAACCUCCAUCUCAGCAGACCCUAGUUGAUGAUAUGGCUCAAGACUACAACAAGACAGACCAGGAAGUCUCUCAGGGACAGCCUCAGGUGCCUUCAGCUCCUCCCCCUGGCCCUGCCCGCCAGGACUUCCAUCCCCCACCAGGCUUUGAUCUCAACAGCCUGCCUGCUACAACAUCUGGCAAUGAGAUUGAUGAUAAAGAGGACUCUUACCCUCCGCCAACUGGCAUGAUCGGCAACCGCCCUAUUCCAGCAGAAGGAAUCUGGCCUGACCAAAGUAUUGAUCGACCGCAAUUCGUCCCUAGAAUCCUCUCGUCAAUGCAUGAAAAGUGCUUCUCCCUCUCGUCCACGCGCGUGUACGACGACACGUUGCGUUGCGACAAGUGUGGAUGCCGCUCUAAACUCGGCUGGAUGUACCGUUGCAGUCAUGAGAUCGAGGCACGCCUCUUCGAGUCCAUCAAAGAUGGCAAUCAGACGAUCCAGGAGCACUUCGACGAGAUUGGCGAGAUCUUUUCGCAGCAGCUGAACCCUCCCGUCCGCGGUGCUACCGCCCAUCAGGAUAAGCUCAGCCCUCUCAACGAGAUGACCCCCUCUCUGAAAGCCUCCUACACGUCCGACCAGUUGGACACGAUCCUGCGCCAGCACGAGAAGGCCGUCGACACCGCCCUCAGCGACCGCUACGGCAGACGAAUCCCUCCUGCCGAGCUGUACCCCCACGUUGUGGACGAGCUGGACGAGUGCAAGACCAUCCUGUGCCCUACCUGCGGCUGUGGUGGUCUGGGAGAGCACCUAAGUUACCUGAGCAUCGACGGCGUGCUGAAGGGUGAUAUCCCUCCGACCGCCGCCGUGGGCUUCGGCUUCCGCGCCAUGGGUGGUCGUCCUGUGGCCAACGCCGGUAUUGUCAAGAACCUCGGCCUCCGUGAUCCCAAGGCGGGUCUGCUGCCCGAUCAGAACAAGGACAAGAAGGGUAAGGCUGUCGCCGGCAGCGUCGAGGGUGCCACGGAGACCUCUAGUGUCGCUGGUACCGCAGUGUCUCUGCUGACCAAUGACUCCAAGGCCGCCUCCGUCGAAUCCGUCGGGCCCAAGACCCCCUCUGACGCGUCUGCCCGGACCCACGAUAGCAACGAGAACUUCAUCCGCUUCUACGCUGACGCCGAGGAAGAGGAGGACGAGGACAGUACCAUGGGCAACAACGCUCAGCGUGACGAGAUCUAG